ACACAUCCAAACCAGAGCUCCCUCAUUCUCACAUCCUUCGCCAUGAUUGCCCAGACUCUGUUCGUUUUGGGACUGAUCCUGUCCGCCGUUGUGGCCAUUCCCAUUGAUCCCUAUGGACUUUCGGCCCCUGGACUCACCUAUGCGGCUCCCAAGUUGCUUGCUGCUCCUGCCAUUUCCUAUGCUGCUCCCAAACUCCUGGCGGCUCCUGCCAUCUCGUAUGCCGCUCCUGCCAUCUCCUAUGCUCCCAAGGUCCUGGCUGCCCCCGUCGCUGUGGCCAAGGUGGCUGUUGCCGAGCCCUACGAUCCCAAUCCGCAGUACAGCUUCUCGUACGGAGUAACCGAUCAUCACACCGGUGACUCCAAGCAGCAGGAGGAGACCCUGGUCAACGGAGUCGUCCACGGCAGCUACUCCCUGGCCGAACCCGAUGGCACUAUUCGCAAGGUCACCUACACCGCCGACAAGGUCAACGGAUUCAAUGCGGUCGUGGAGAAGAAGGGCGUGGCCGCGGUGGCCAUUGCCAAGCCAGCUCUUGCCGUCGCCGCCGUUCCCGCCAUCACCAAGAUUGGAUACGCUUCGGCGCCUGGUCUGAGUCUGGGUGGAUACCACUAGGCGAUGAACCGGUGGACCAAGCGAUGACAAACUCCAUGGCCUAGUUGUAGGACCGUUGUUAAAUAGUUCUAAUGCAUUUACCCACUUUUCUGUCAGUCAAAACCCGAAACACAAGGACGUGCGUGCUGUUGCCACCCCGCUGUUGACCCACAUUCCCAAUCUCCGAUCGAAGGAUCGCCACCAUAGACUACGUUUAGGGAUACCGUUCUGGGGAUCUGGGGAACGGCUAUCGGCCACUUAGUGAAUUAGUAACUGCAUUUACUGAAUAAAAGUUUCGGUAC